GGGGUGGCGGCAACGGCGGUGCAAGGAAGGGGCCGAUCCUGGACUGCAGGCACCCAUGACCUCGUGACGGCCAGCUCCUCCCCACGGACCAGAUGAAACAACCCACGGCAGGAAGAAAAGGAACAACGGCUGCUGUCUUUUGGUGACAUUGAGCAAAAACAAGGUCAGAUUUCUUUCAAGGGCUGGAUGGAAAGUGAUUUGGAGUGAAGGGGAACAUUUGCAUCAUGUCAGAAUUCUGGUUAAUUUCGGCACCAGGGGAUAAAGCAAAUAUGCUGGCCUGGGACAGAAUGAACACAGUGACUUCCAAAGCCAACCUGUCCACCAACAGCAAAUUCAUCAUUCCUGAUCUCAAGGUGGGGACGCUGGAUGCUCUUGUUGGCCUUUCAGAUGAGCUGGGGAAACUUGAUAUCUUUGCUGAAAGUGUCAUAAAGAAGAUUGCCCAGUAUAUUGGAGAAGUUUUGGAAGACUCAAAAGAUAAAGUUCAGGAAAACCUUCUGGCAAAUGGCGUUGACCUGAUUAGUUACCUGACGAGGUUUGAAUGGGACAUGGCUAAGUAUCCUAUAAAACAGCCACUGAAGAAUAUUUCAGAAGCGUUAGCAAAGCAAAUCACACAAAUAGAAACGGACUUGAAAAGUCGAGCGGCUGUCUACAACAGCAUCAAAGGAAACCUCCAGAAUCUGGAAAGAAAAAAUGUGGGGAAUCUUUUGACACGCACGUUAACAGAUAUUGUGAACAAAGAAGACUUUGUGUUGAAUUCUGAAUAUCUCAUCACUUUGCUUGUUGUAGUUCCCAAGUCAAGUUACGUACAGUGGCAGAAAACGUACGAAUCACUCUCUGACAUGGUCGUUCCCCGUUCUACAAAGAUGAUUGCCGAAGAUGCAGAGGGGGGACUUUUCACUGUAACCCUCUUCCGAAAAGUGAUGGAUGAUUUUAAAGCCAAAGCAAGGGAGAACAAGUUCAUGGUGCGGGAAUUCCUUUUUGAUGAAAAAGAGCUGAGAUGUGAAAAGGAAGAAAUGAAGAAGUUAGCUUCUGAUAAGAAGCAACAGUAUGGCCCACUGCUGCGCUGGUUGAAAGUGAACUUCAGUGAAGCGUUUGUGGCUUGGAUUCACAUCAAGGCUCUUAGAGUUUUCUCCGAGUCUGUCCUCAGGUAUGGCCUGCCAGUAAAUUUCCAGGCAAUGCUACUUCAGCCCAACAAGAAAUCUCCAAAGAAGUUGAGGGAGGUCCUUAAUGCGGUCUUCAAACAUCUGGAUGAAGUUGCAGCAGCAAGCAUAAUGGAUGCAUCUAUGGACAUCCCUGGUUUACAGCUCAGCAGUCAAGACUACUAUCCUUACGUCUAUUUCAAGAUUGACCUCAGCAUUCUCGACUGCAGCUAAGAGAUGCCUGACUGAACAUCACCACCUUGUCUUUCUGCCGUGUAGUGUUUGAUUGUUCAUGAACAAUGAAAUUGCUAUGCAAGCACCUCCUUUCCAAGCUGUCUUUGUCAAAUGCGGCACUAAGGAACUGCAAGAUUGGGUGAGGAGGGGGUGGGUUCAGGCGUUGCAGACCUUUUCACGCAAGAGGGCAAAAGAGAAGCAUCAGAGGUUCCCUCGUCGCAUUUCCCCAGCUGGCCCCUCUUCUAUUCUACGUGUUAAAAAUUUCUGGAAGCUUGUCCUGAUCAUGUUAGAAACCAUGCUUCACAAGACAACCAUUUUACAGCGGUAUUUAUUUUAAUGUUUUUGUAAGUUACAAAAGUUACCAACCAGAAUUUUAAAUAAAAUCAAGAAAUGUCUGAUGAUUGAAGUAAAGAGUAGUCUCAAGUUA